GGUGCGCCGCGAGGGCCGCCGGGACGGGUCUCCCAGGCGAUUCGAGGUUACUGUUGCUGCUACUGCUGCUAUUACCACUGCUGCUGCCGGUGCCGGUGCUGCUGCUGCCUAGCUAGUGCCGCGGCGACGCCCGUGUUUCAGCUGUCUUCCUCGGGCUCCCCGGGGCUUGACCCCCGGGGCCCUUGGCAGGCGUCCGUGAAGAGCCUACGGAGUGAACCUGUGCUCCCACACCCACCCUUCAAGACCUCUUAUCCCGACUCUGAACAGCAGGAGCGAAAGGGGCUGUCGCGACUCCGCGCCGUGUGUCGCCGGGCGGGGCCGCGGGGCCGGGGCUCCUCCAGUCCCCGGGAUGCGCGCGCGAGCCCUCGCCUCCACUUCCUUGUUGCCACUGUCACGACUGGAGCCGCCUCUCGCCGACAGCGGGGAGCGCGAGUGCGCGGGCCGGCCCGCUGGUCGAGCCCCCGGGCCCGGUGCCUCCGGGAAUGUGAGCCGCGCGGCUUGCACGCUCCUUCGGCCAUGGAUGCAUCAUAUGAUGGUACUGAGGUAACUGUCGUGAUGGAGGAAAUUGAAGAAUCCUACUGUUACACCUCCCCGGGGCCACCCAAGAAGAAGAAAAAGUAUAAAAUACAUGGAGAAAAGGCCAAGAAACCCAGGUCGGCUUACCUUCUGUACUAUUAUGACAUCUACCUGAAAGUGCAGCAGGAGCUCCCACAUCUUCCUCAGUCUGAGAUCAAUAAGAAGAUCAGCGAAAGUUGGAGGCUUCUCAGCGUGGCUGAGAGGAGUUACUAUUUGGAGAAAGCCAAGCUAGAGAAAGAAGGUUUGGAUCCUAACUCAAAGCUCUCUACACUGACCGCUGUGGUUCCGGACAUCCCCGGUUUCCGCAAGAUCCUCCCCCGCUCGGAUUACAUCAUCAUCCCCAAGAGCAGCCUGCAGGAGGAUCGGGGCUGCCCUCAGCUAGAGCUGUGUGUGGCCCAGAACCAGACGUCCCCUAAAGGACCGUCUCUUGUAUCCAACUCUGCCCUGGAGAUGGCGCCCAGCCACCCGGGUGUGGCAGAGCAGUGCCUGGCUGUGGAGGCCCUAGCGGAGGAGGUAGGAGCCCUUGCCCAGCCGGGUGCUGUGCAGGAGAUCGCCACCUCGGAGAUCCUCGGCCCGGAUGUGCUCCUGGAAGAGGCUUCCCUGGAGGUAGGGGAGCACCACCAACCUUACCAGACAAGCCUGGUGAUCGAAGAGACCUUGGUGAACGGCUCGCCGGACCUCCCCGCUGCAGGCCUCGCUGUGCCUCAGCCCCAGGUUGGGGAGAGCCUGUCAGUGGUAACAGUCAUGAGGGACCCUGGUGAGAGCAGCUCCUCCACGCCGGCCACACAGUUCAUCAUGUUGCCUCUUCCUGCCUACUCUGUUGUGGAAAACCCCACCUCUAUCAAACUGACCACCACAUACACCCGCCGGGGCCAUGGGACGUGCACCAGCCCAGGCUGCUCCUUCACAUAUGUCACCAGGCACAAACCACCCAAGUGCCCUACCUGUGGUAACUUCCUAGGAGGGAAGUGGAUCCCAAAGGAAAAGCCAGCCAAAGUCAAAGUGGAAUUGGCUUCUGGUGUCUCCUCCAAAGGCUGUGUGGUUAAAAGAAAUCAGCAGCCUGCCAUCACCGAGCAAAACUCCUCUAAGGAAAACACCUCCAAACUGACCCUGGAGAACUCGGAAGCUGUAAGCCAGCUCUUAAGUGUAGCUCCUCCAAGAGAAGUGGGUGAGGAGAACGAAUGGGAAGAAGUGGUCAUCUCGGAUGCCCAUGUUUUGGUCAAGGAAUCUCCUGAGAAUCCUGGCACAGCAGUCACCAAGAUGUCAAUGGUCAAGAGUGGUGUGCAGCCUGAGGUCUCUCUGAGGACAGCUGAGAAUGACAGUCCUAGCCCAGACAACCCACCACCUGCCGAGGGGACCAGCACCUCCAGUUCACUUCCUGCUCCUAAAAAACCUACAGGACUGGACCUGCUCACCCCUGGUCCCAGAGCCCCAGAGAUUAAAAGCAGAGCACGGGGCAAGCCUUCAUUACUGGCCGCGGCAAGACCCAUGAGAGCAAUCCUCCCGGCCCCAGCCAAUGUGGGCCGAGGCAGCAGUGUGGGACUGCCCAGGGCCAGGCAGGCCUUUCCCCUGAGCGAUAAGACUUCCUCUGUGAGGACCUGUGGCCUGAAGCCGAGCACGCUGAAGCAGCUGGGCCAGUCUGUCCAACAGCCGCCCCACACUGGAGAGGUGAAGCUACCAAAUGGCUCAGCCAACAAGACGUCGCAGUUGAAAGUUGUAGAGGUCAAGCCUGACGUGUUCCCUCCAUAUAAGUACAGCUGCACUGUCACACUGGAUUUGGGCCUGGCUACCUCAAGAGGCCGGGGAAAAUGCAAGAAUCCAUCUUGUAGCUAUGUCUACACCAACCGCCAUAAACCACGGAUUUGUCCCAGCUGUGGUUUCAACCUUGCCAAAGACCGAACUGAGAAAACCACCAAGGUUCUUGAGGCAAGCUCACCACUCCCAGAUGGGCUGAGUGUCACAGAACCGCUGAGCGUGGCCCAGAGGGAGAUCCAGCGCCAGUCCACGUUGCAGCUGCUACGAAAAGUCCUGCAGAUUCCUGAGAAUGAGUCUGAGCUGGCCGAGGUCUUCGCCCUGAUUCACGAACUCAACAGCUCUCGACUCAUCCUGUCCAACGUGAGUGAGGAGACAGUCACCAUCGAGCAGACCUCUUGGUCGAAUUAUUAUGAGUCUCCGUCCACACAGUGCCUUCUCUGUAGCAGCCCAUUAUUUAAAGGGGGACAAAACUCCCUGGCUGGGCCCCAGGAGUGCUGGCUGCUGACAGCCAACCGGCUGCAGGUGGUGACUGCCCAGGUGAAGAUGUGUCUGAAUCCCCAUUGUCUGGCCCUGCAUAGCUUCAUGGACAUCUACACAGGUCUCUUUAAUGUGGGGAACAAGCUGCUCGUGAGCCUGGACUUGCUUUUUGCAAUCCGAAACCAGAUCAAGCUGGGAGAGGACCCUAGAGUGUCCGUCAGCGUUGUUCUGAAGUCGGUGCAGGAGCAGACAGAGAAGUCAUUGACCUCAGAGGAGCUGAGCCAGCUGCAGGAGCUGCUCUGCAAUGGCUAUUGGGCUUUUGAGUGCCUCACUGUCCGAGACUACAAUGACAUGAUCUGUGGCAUCUGCGGCGUGGCCCCCAAAGUGGAAAUAGCCCAGAGGAAUGAAGAAAACGUGCUGGCAUUGAAGAGUGUGGAGUUCACCUGGCCUGAGUUCUUGGGCUCUAGUGAGGUAAACAUGGAGGACUUUUGGGCCACGAUGGAGACAGAGGUGAUUGAGCAGGUGGCCUUCCCUGCCAGCAUCCCUAUCACCAAGUUUGAUGCCUCUGUUAUUGCCCCCUUCUUCCCACCACUCAUGAGAGGAGCUGUGGUCGUCAACACUGAGAAAGACAAAAACCUGGAUGUACGGCCAGUACCUGGCAGCGGCAGUGCCUUGGUGAGGCUGCUCCAGGAGGGCACCUGCAGGCUUGAAGAGAUGGGCUCCUACAGCGAGGAGGAGCUGCAGUACCUGCUGAGGCGGUGUGGCAUCCCCUUCGGGGCAGGAGACUCCAAGGACCAGCUCUGCCUUUCCUUGUUGGCCCUCUAUAAAUCUGUACAGAAUGGAGCCAGAACUAGACAGCCCCCACCUCAUCUCACAGGGGGUAAAAUCUACAAGGUGUGCCCCCAUCAGGUGAUCUGCGGCUCCAAGUACCUUGUGCGGGGCGAGAGCGCCCGUGACCAUGUGGAUCUGCUUGCCUCUUCUCGCCAUUGGCCACCUGUCUACAUGGUAGACAUGGCCACACCAGUGGCCCUGUGUGCUGACCUCUGCUACCCAGAGCUGACCAAACAGAUGUGGGGGAAGAACCAGGGCUGUUUUUCUAGCCCCAUGGAGCCGCCCGUGAGCGUGUCCUGCCCGGAGCUCUUGGAUCAGCAUUACACUGUGGACAUGAUGGAGGCUGAGCCCUCUGUCCAGCACCCAGUCACCAAGACUGCCACGCGGCGCAUCGUACACGCAGGCACGGCGCCCAGUCCUGGCGACUGCAGUGCUGGGCACCGCUCUUUGACCCUGUGUCCUGAGUUGGCACCCUACACAGCUAUCCUGGCCUCUCUCGCAGAGAGCAGACCGAACGGCGUCCGCCAGCGGCCCAUCGCCUUUGACAGUGCCACCCACUAUUACCUCUACAACCGCCUCGUGGACUUCCUCACUAGCCGCGACAUUGUCAACCGGCAGAUCCACGAGGUUGUGCAGAGCUGCCAGCCCGGCGAGGUGGUCAUCCGCGACACCCUGUACCGCCUGGGCAUCGCUCAGAUCAAGACAGAGACAGAGGAGGAGGGUGAGGAAGAGGAGGUGGCCGCAGUGGCAGAAUAAGCCAGGCUCUGGUACAAGGACUGCACCGUCUCUCUCAAGCCAUAGCGAAGCCCUUCCCCGAGGCAGGCGCACCCGGGGGACCGGGAGUGCGCACCUGUGGGGAGGGCCUCUGAGGCCGGCACUGACCAAAGAGCUCCCGUUUUCUGAGCACGGUGGGGCCCAGGGUCUUUGGUUCUCAACGUCCCAGGGGUCGGGAAAGGUACAGUACAUUCCUUACCAGCUCCGAGAAAGCACUUGGAGAACAUUGUAUGUUCAAUAGAGAAGGGAGGCUGAGGGAAGGCUGGUGGCUCCCCUGGGGCCUGCUGCGGGUCAGGUGGGGAAGGUGGAGUCCGGCACUAGGUGGGCAGACUGCUGAGGUAGCCCUUCUGGUCCCAGGGAACACUUCCUUCCCUACAGCCGCAGGAGCUCUUAGCCUGUUGCCUUUGACUCAGGGCCUUGGGGGCUUCUUUAGCUCUGGGGGCCCUUUUGGGCUCUCCCAGAGGAGGGGUGCACUUCCCUCCUGCUUUUCCUACACCCUAAUCUGGGGAAAACUGAGAAGGGAGACCCAGUCGGCACAGCCCCCCUCCAGGCCUGUCCUCGUUGCCAGCGCUGUGAGAAAGAGGACCACCUUCCUCUUUUCCCUGGCCGCUGCUGCUGCACUCUACAUCCUCUGUGGGUCUCUCUGGACCCUCACCACAGAGGGGAUGUGGCCCAUGGCGUAACAUAACCUGGCAGCAGUAGGAAAAACUCCCUUCCGUGAAGGGGAAGCAGACUGGGCCGCGCAGAAACAGUGAGACUGGCUCAAGUGCCCAGGGUUUGCUUAGGGCACGGGAAUUGGCCGUGUGUUACUUAAUUUAUUCAGAGGGGUGGAGUAGGUGGCUUUUUUCCCCUCCGUCUUCCUCAGCAAGAAUAAAGUUUAUUAAAUUAUCUUGUUUGGGUGAA